AUGCUGAUGGCUGGGCAGGAGGACUUUACGCAGCCGCUUGGUCUGUUCAUUGGCCCGCGGUAUCCGCCGGCACCUUCGACCCGGCUCAGAGUCCCGCCGACAUCUGCUCGCCUGUCGGCGAAGCUGAGGUCGCCCACUCAGCCUUCGAUCCGACGCUGGUGGCCACGGCUUCUGCGGACAGGUGCUUUGGGGCUCGCAGAAGCUGCUCGCCUUGUCGAGAACCUGCCAGACAGGACGGUGAAAAUCUGGGAUGUGGAGCAGCAAAGACUGCUGUGGACACUGUCCGGCCACAAGGAGACUUCAGUUCACGAUGCGAGCAGUUGCUUCAAAGCUGGAUGCCUAGGCUGGGACAGGAGGCCUGCCACGGCCUACUGCCCAUGGCUCGAGGAGAUCAAGUUUCGUCUGUGGUCGCUCUCCAAAGAUGAAGUGGCGGCCUGCAGAUCAUUAGCCAAAUGUUCGAAAGAAAUUGUCCCACGCCACGUCCGACGCCACCCGCAGCUGCUUUGGGCCGUUGCCUUUGCUCCAGGUGGGCGUCUGGUUGCUGCUUGCCACGGUGCCGUUGGACAGUCGCCGACCGUCGUUCUCUACGAUGCAGAGAGUGGGAUGGUGGUAAGAAGGCUUGGGCGGCACAAGGACACUCCAUUGGCCCUGGCCUUUUCUCCAUCGGGUGAUGUCCUUGCGUCCGCUGGCAUGGACCGGAGGGUGCUCCUCUACAGCGCCAGCGACCCCAGCAACGACCUCCCACAGGGCGAUGCAGAUGACGAGGAGGAAAGGCUCCAAUGGCUUCAGGAUGUGGAGGAUUUUCGCCGGGAGCAAAAGAGCCUCAAUGCGAGCAAGCUUGCGCAGUUGGCGCAGGAAUUGGCCAACCUUCAGAAUCGGUCGAAGACCAACACAGGAGGGAAAGGUCCCUGGACGCCGCAUCCCGCUUCGGGCAUGGUUGCUCUCUUGUGA